UAAUAUCUUGUUUGAGUAUAAUAUAGUACCAGAACCAAUGACACUGAUCUUAUUUUCCCUUUCACCUUAUUCUCCCCCUUCAGUUCCUUCACUACCAGAGAAGGAAGUCCUGCAACAAAUGAUUUAGUCUUUUUAAGGACUUUAAAAGAAAUGUACCUUACCAUAACCUUUGCUGGUACUAGAUUCACAACAAAAUCUAACUUGUGACCUUCAUAGUACCCCCAUAAAUACGGACCACAAGGAGGUUGUGCUGAUCAUUCUGUGUUUGAAAGAAUGCAGAAGUACCAAAUGACCGGUGUGGAGGACCCAACGCAGAAACCUUUUGAAGAAAACAUCGCCAAUGGUCCACAGGUUUUAAGGAAAAAACGUGCAGCUCAAGCUGAAAGAAAUACAUGUCAGCUUUAUAUUCAGACUGAUCAUCUAUUCUAUAAGCAUUAUGGAACAAGGGAAGCUGUAAUUGCACAGAUAUCAAGCCAUGUUAAAGCAAUUGACACAAUUUAUCAGUCAACAGAUUUCUCAGGAAUUCGUAACAUCAGCUUUAUGGUGAAACGAAUAAGGAUCAACACGACUGCUGAUGAGAGAGACCCUUCCAAUCCCUUCAGAUUUCCUAACAUUGGUGUGGAGAAGUUUCUGGAACUGAACUCAGAGCAGAAUCAUGAUGAUUAUUGCUUAGCUUAUGUAUUUACAGACCGUGAUUUUGAUGAUGGUGUCCUGGGUCUGGCUUGGGUUGGAGCUCCUUCAGGGAGCUCUGGGGGAAUAUGUGAAAAGAGCAAACUUUAUUCUGAUGGUAAAAAGAAGUCCUUAAAUACUGGAAUCAUCACUGUUCAGAACUAUGGGUCUCAUGUCCCACCUAAGGUUUCUCACAUCACUUUUGCUCAUGAGGUUGGACAUAAUUUUGGUUCCCCUCAUGAUUCUGGAAUGGAAUGCACUCCAGGAGAAUCCAAGAGUUUGGGACAAAAAGAAAAUGGCAAUUACAUCAUGUAUGCAAGAGCUACAUCUGGGGAUAAACUUAACAACAACAAGUUUUCUAUCUGUAGCAUUCGAAAUAUCAGCCAAGUCCUUGAGAAAAAGAGAAAUAAUUGUUUUGUUGAAUCUGGUCAGCCCAUCUGUGGUAAUGGAUUGGUAGAACAAGGAGAGCAAUGUGAUUGUGGAUAUAGUGACCAAUGUAAAGAUGAAUGCUGUUAUGAUGCAAACCAAUCAGAAGAUAGCAAAUGCAAGUUAAAACCAGGCAAAUCGUGCAGUCCCAGUCAAGGCCCCUGCUGUACCGCACUAUGUACUUUCAAACUGAAAACUGACAAGUGUCGGAAUGAUUCCGACUGUGCAAGAGAAGGAAUGUGUAAUGGUUACACUGCUCUUUGUCCAGCAUCUGAUCCUAAACCAAACUUCACAGAUUGCAACAGACAAACACAAGUUUGCAUAAAUGGGCAAUGUGCUGGCUCUAUCUGUGAGAAGCAUGGCUUGGAGGAAUGUACCUGUGCUAGUUCAGAUGGGAAGGAUGAUAAAGAAUUAUGCCAUGUGUGCUGCAUGAAUAAAAUGAAGCCAAUGACAUGUGCAAGUACAGGGUCUGUCGAGUGGGAGGCGUUUUUCCAUCACAAAACCAUUACUCUCCAACCUGGAUCCCCCUGCAAUGAUUUUAAAGGCUACUGUGAUGUAUUUAUGAGGUGUCGGUUAGUAGAUGCUGAUGGCCCACUAGCCAGAUUGAAGAAAGCAAUUUUUAAUCCAGAGCUGUAUGAAAAUAUUGCAGAAUGGAUUGUGGCUCACUGGUGGGCAGUAUUGCUUAUGGGAAUUGCUCUGAUCAUGUUAAUGGCUGGAUUCAUUAAGAUAUGCAGUGUUCAUACUCCAAGCAGUAAUCCAAAGUUGCCUCCUCAUAAACCACUCCCAGGCACUUUAAAGAGGAGGAGACCACCACAACCAGCUCAGCCACCACAACGUCAGAGGCCCCGAGAGAGUUAUCAGAUGGGACACAUGAGACGCUGACUGCAGCUUUUGCCUUGGUUCUUCCUAGUGCCUACAAUGGGAAAACUCCACUCCAAAGAAAACCUAUUAAAUCAUUGUCCCCAGUCUAAGUCUCAGAAGAAAAAAAAAAGGCAAGAUACAAAACAAGUGGCGAAGUUUAACUUUUAACAAUUGAAACUUCAAGCUAAAAAAGAAGAGAAAAAUGAUUUUCAUACAAACAUUUUUAACCGAAUGGCACAAAAUCUUAGAUUACCAUGGUUUUUCCCCCUUCUGUGCUCUUCAUUGCUGCAUUUUUCUUCACUUGCAGGCAAAUAUGGCUCUAGUAAACUUUUAUUCACAAAUUGAAAAAAUAUAUAUUUUUCAACUGCCAGUGAAGGCUAGGAAGCUAGACCACCUCAACAUUGGAGACAUUACUUGCCAAUGUAUAUAAAUUGUUAUAUGCAGACAUGUAUUUCUAACGUACACCCGUACUUUGUGUGCAAUUGUAAACAAAAAAUUGCAAUAUGGAUGUUUCUUUGUAUUAUAAAAACUUUCCGCUAUUAAUGAAGAAAUUACUGUUUAAUUGACAUACUCAGGAUAACAGAGGAUGGUGGUAUAUAAUGGUCAAGGAUUCAGUGAUGCUUUACACAGCAGUUUUUGAAUCAAAUCAAACUUUUUUUAUUAUGAUCAGAGUUGGUUUAAAUACUCAUUUCAUUUUUUAUCAGAACAGCUGCUAAGACAUAGCAUACAUGAUUGAAUGCUCUUAGAGUUGUGUAAAGCAAGUGUUGUGCAAACUUUGCCUAUGCCAGAAUGUUUCAAAAUUGCAUUUACUGUUUCCAAUUUUUCAUAGUUCAGCAUACGUAUUUUUAAUUUUUGUCUGAUUAUUCAGUUAAAUAAUGAAUAGUUGGAUGAAAUAAUUUCAUGCUUUAGUAGAAAAAUAUGCCUGUUAUACAACUUGUUUUUUAAUGAUUACAACCAGCUUAUUUGGGUUGUUCGGAUAUACUUACUGUAUGAUAAUUAGGUUCCUGAUUCUGAGGGAUGUGGAAAAGAUGAAAAGCUGUUGUUUUAUUAUUAUUAUUUUUUUUAAUUUAUCAAAUAUAUUGAUAACUUUUCAGCCCGAUACUGUUAAUGGAUAACCACUAAAAUACAAUAAUUUGCCCAGCUACAUAGCUGAGUUAAAUUGUAGUUAGGCCUACUGACUGUCUCUAAUUUUUUUUCUUUUACAAGUAGUGAAGUUCAAACAGCGCAAUGUCCCAUUCCAAAGUUUUUGGUUUUUUUUACAAAUGUAAAUAAUUGGCAUUUUUAAAAGAGAAAACAAAACAAUUGAAUGUCUUACUAUGCUUACUGCUAUGCAGGAAAUGAAAGGGGGGCAU